AACUAUCCUACAACUGUCUGAUUCAUCUCUCAUGAUUUGAAGAUGGUUUUGUCCAUCUCCAUCCUUAUCUAAACUGCCAAACACACUACACCAAAUCAUAUACUAAUACUACUACUUUAUAAUAAUUAAUAAUUCAUUCAUUUUUUUUUAUUAUCCUCUAUCUUUCUUUCCUAACAGAAACAAUAGACACAAAUCAUACUCAUAUUACCAAUAUAGAACAACUAACUAAGCUAAAGUAACCAAAUCAAAAACACAGACACAAAGAUGCUUAGAAGAAGAAUCACCACAGCACGCUCCAUUUUUUCAACAAUUUUCAGAAUAAAUUCUUCUAACUCUCACUAUGCUGCUUCUUAUUCCACUUCAUUCCUCUUCGAUGACACUCAGAUACAGUUUAAAGAGAGUGUUGCUCAAUUUGCAGCUGAAAAUAUUGCCCCUCAUGCUUCCAAAAUUGACCACACAAAUUAUUUCCCAAAGGAGGUUAACUUGUGGAAAAGUAUGGGAGAAUUUAAUCUCCAUGGGAUUACUGCACCAGAGGAGUAUGGAGGGCUUGGUCUAGGCUACUUGUAUCAUUGUAUAGCAAUGGAAGAGAUUAGCCGUGCUUCAGGUUCUGUUGGUCUUUCUUAUGGUGCUCAUUCUAACCUAUGUAUCAAUCAGCUGGUGAGGAAUGGAAACCAUGCUCAGAAACAGAAAUACUUGCCACAGCUUAUCUCUGGGGAUCAUGUGGGAGCUUUGGCAAUGAGUGAGCCAAAUUCUGGAUCUGAUGUUGUCAGCAUGAAAUGCAAGGCUGAUCGUGUAGACGGGGGAUAUGUACUUAAUGGGAACAAAAUGUGGUGUACUAAUGGGCCAGUUGCUCAAACAUUAGUUGUCUAUGCAAAAACAGACAUAACAGCAGGAUCAAAAGGAAUCACUGCAUUCAUCAUCGAGAAGGGAAUGCCUGGAUUCAGUACUGCCCAGAAAUUGGAUAAACUAGGGAUGCGAGGAAGUGAUACAUGCGAGCUUGUCUUCGAGAAUUGCUUUGUUCCAGAAGAAAAUGUUCUUGGGAAAGAAGGGAAAGGAGUCUAUGUCAUGAUGUCUGGGCUGGAUCUGGAAAGACUUGUUUUAGCGGCUGGUCCCGUUGGUAUUAUGCAGUCAUGUCUUGAUGUUGUCCUUCCUUAUGUCCGACAAAGAGAGCAAUUUGGUCGUCCUAUUGGAGAGUUUCAGUUUAUACAGGGGAAAGUUGCUGACAUGUAUACUUCUUUACAGUCCUCAAGGUCUUAUGUGUAUUCUGUAGCUCGGGACUGUGACAAUGGGAGAGUUGACUCAAAGGAUUGUGCUGGAGUUAUACUUUGUGCAGCUGAAAGAGCAACUCAGGUCGCUUUGCAGGCGAUACAAUGUUUAGGUGGGAAUGGCUAUGUUAAUGAGUAUCCAACCGGUCGUCUCCUUAGAGAUGCUAAACUCUACGAGAUCGGUGCAGGAACAAGUGAGAUUAGAAGAAUGAUUAUUGGACGCGACCUCUUCAAGGAGCAAUGACAGGCUAGUCCCUUUGGAUUUUGACUGGAACCGAGCCCCUGGGAGAUGAUUCCAUUGUAAAAGUAAUUUUAAUUUAUCAAAUGAGAAUUGUGGUCACUAGCAUUGAUCAGUAAUGCAAGGAAUAAAAGCUUCCAUAUCAUCUUUCUAUGUGAUUUUUUGUUGUGAAAAAUCUUUGAAGCAAUUCAUUCCUCUUGGAAAAUGAUGAUGGAAGAAAAUGUUCAGGUCUGAUAUUCAAUAUUUUAGUUUCUAAAGUAAUAGAACAAUGUAAACCAAGUAAUUGUGCUCAAGUGGUUAAUGAGAUCCUCCUAGGACGAAUAGUUCUGGAGAACCAGAAUUCGGACUCUAAA